GUCUACACAAAACUAAUUAAAAUUUUUUUGGAGGAAUUUAUUUUACUGCAUGAAUCCAAAACUAUUACAAAAAUUCAAAAAUAAUAAUAAUACUAGAAUGCUUAAUUCAAACGCGUUGAAAUUGUAGAGUAUUUUUUACUUUUUCUAUGGUGGAAUCAAAAACCUUGAGAUUCAGCUGAUGAGCGAUGAGGGCUUGUCCUACAGCUGAUAUUUUAUUGAAUAUUGACAUUUUUCUUGACUUGAAUACAAAUUCUAACCUAUCAAAUUAAUUUACUUUUUGAUUUUUGAAAAAGCGUUUAAAAUAAAUCCUUAUUUUAUCUUGUACAUUUUACAAAACUUCAAAUGGCUGCCGUUGGUGAACCAUUAACUUUGGCCAGAGAUGUUAGCAGAGCAAUUGAACUCUUGGAAAAACUUCAAAAAAGUGGUGAAGUCCCCGUUACAAAAUUAGCAGCACUUCAGAAAGUGUUGCAGAGCGACUUUUUAAACUCAGUACGUGAGGUUUACGAGCAUGUCUAUGAAACAGUAGAUGUCCAGGGCGCGCAGGACGUGCGUGCUUCGGCGACGGCGAAGGCGACAGUGGCGGCGUUUGCGGCGAGCGAAGGGCACGCGCACCCGCGUGUCGUCGAACUGCCCAAGACGGAGGAGGGAUUGGGUUUCAACGUGAUGGGCGGCAAGGAGCAGAACUCGCCCAUCUACAUUUCGCGCAUCAUACCCGGUGGAGUCGCCGACCGGCACGGCGGACUCAAGCGCGGCGAUCAACUCUUGUCCGUCAACGGAGUGUCGGUUGAAGGUGAAAACCACGAAAAGGCCGUGGAAUUGCUGAAACAAGCACAAGGCUCAGUGAAGCUCGUGGUCCGCUACACGCCCAAAGUCCUCGAAGAAAUGGAAAUGCGAUUCGAUAAGCAACGUGCAGCUCGCAGGCGACAACACAACUACUAAGUUCCAAGUCCCGUCACUCCUUUCAUGUUCCAAGUCCUUGCAUCAAGUCCCGCCACCAAUUUCCAAGUUUUAAGUCCUUUUACUAACUCCCAUCUCCCAUUUCAUGUUCCAAGUCCUUUCUAAGUUCUUGAAUCAAGUCCCGUCAUCUCUACCCAAGUUUCAAGUCGUUUCUAAGAUCUUGGAACAAUUCUCAUCACCCUUGAAUGUAUUUUAAUCUUAUCAGACCAGUAUUAAUUAUUAUAAUCGGUAUAUCUAUGCAAUUAUAUUAGCUUGCAUCAUCUGGAUUGAGUGUUGCACAUAAUAAUUAUAUGUACUCUACAAUGUUAUGAUCAAUAAAAUUAUUGAACAAA